CGGGACUGAGCGCUGCGGUCGGCCGGGAUGGCCUCGCCCGCCCCCGGGGGGGCUCCGGUGGACGCCGAGGCCGCGGCGCUGCUGUGGGAGCGGGCCUGGUCCUUGGAGGAGGUCCGCGGCGGGAGCCAGGCCUGGUCCUUGGCCGCCGACGCCGGGCUCCUGCGUUUCCUGCAAGAGUUCUCCCAGCAAACGAUCUCCAGGACUCAUGAGAUCAAAAAGCAGAUGGACGGGCUGGUCCAGGAGACCAAGAACACUGACUGCCGCCUGCACAAUGUCUUCAACGGGUUCCUCAUGCUGUCCAAUACGCAGUUCAUCGAAAACAGAGUAUAUGAUGAAGAAGUGGAAGAAUCGGCACCCAGAACUGAAGCAGGAGACAAACCAGAACAGGAGAAAACACGUGAACAGAAGGAAGCAGAUUUGAUUCCCAAAAUCCAAGAAGCUGUGAAUUAUGGGCUGCAGGUGUUGGACAGCGCCUUUGAACAGCUGGACAUCAAAGCCGGGAACUCGGACUCUGAAGAAGAAACAAACGAAAAAAUGGAAUUGAUCCUGGAACCGAAGGUAAUGGCGGCUCACCUCCCACAGAGCAGUUCUGCCCUCUCACCUGUUCUGAAGGAAGUCAGCUGUUCGGUAGAUAGCGACCGUGGGAGCAUGGUUGACAGCGAAGGGAAAGACGAAGAGGAAUUGGAAGAAGAAUUUGGGAAUGUAAGCGAGGAUGACCGGAAACCGAGAACAGCACUGAUGAGUGAUGAAGAUGAUGACGAUCUCUUUGGUGGUGAUUCUGAAAAGGGGGAAGAGGAUGAAGAUGACGUGGAAGAAAACUCAAGGCCGAAAAAGAAAAGGCCCACCUCCUUCACAGAUCAGCUGACAGCUCGGAUCAAAGGGGACCUGCCGUAUCCGAGGAACGAGGAGCGAUUGUCAUCUGCCGAUAUAAAAAGCAAGAAGGCAGAGAAGGAGAAGGAAGGCGUUGGCGUUCCAUCAGACGGUUUAAGUAGUUUCCUCCAAGGAAAUGUGACUCCUGCUUUGUGUUCAGUGGUCCUUUUGCCUCCCAUUGCCAAAAGCGACCUCUUCGCCGAAUUGCCGAAAGGGGUGGAUGCGGCAGAGAAAGAGGAACGCGUCCCAAUAAAUGACGAACCGUUGUCAAAAGCUGUGAGGAAAGUUCCCGCCGGUGCAGUCUUUCUCCUUCCAGGUGGGACCGAUGUCUUUAGCCCCUCCUCACUUCUCACAGAGAAAGAAGAGAAGAAGGCGGCGGAACCAGCCGCAGGGAAAACUCCCAAACAACAACCUGGUGUCAGCCUGUUCGAUGACGAUGACUUCCAGGUCAGAAGGAGUGACCCUGUUUCAACCAAAUCUGCCGCUGACCUCUUUGGUGACGUCGAAGAAGACCUGUUCAAGGCAAAGCCGGACGCUGGCAGGGCGGUAAAGGAUGUCCCUCAAGAAGUCGAAGGAAGUAAAGGAACCGUGGCAAGAGACAAGAGUCAGCCACCUUCUGCUCAGAGCUUUAAGCCGUCGACGCCGACUGUUCCCAAAGACCACAAAAGCCUGUUCUCCGAUGAGGAAGAUUCUGAAGACCUGUUUUCUGCCAGCCAGUCUUCCAAAAGCUCGGGCUUACCCAGCAAAGGUACCACCAAAGCACCGCUUUCUCUGUUUGAGGACGAAGACGAAGAGGAACUCUUUGGGUCUUUGCCCGUGAAGGCGCAAGCGUCCAAACCGCCUCCGGAGAAAGCGUCCCGCCUGCUCUUCAGCAGCGAUGAAGAGGACCACUGGAAUCCUGCGGCCACCGUCAAAUCUGCUUCCGAAGGCAGCCAAAGAAAGGAAGCGACGAAGGCUGCUGUUGCCGUCAACAAGAAGAGCCUGUUUGUGGAAGAGGAAGAGGAAGAUUUGUUUGCCAUCACCCAAGACAG